UAAUAAAACAACGUUCAAAAGAAAACAAGUUAUACGGACUAUAAAGUAAAACAAAAGAAAAUUUUGAAAAAACCGCGCUUCCCUUUCUCUGGAUAAUGGAAGCUUUGUUUGUUUCUCAGUCAUGCUAGCAAAGCCGAACUUCUUACAUGUCCGCCUACGUUUGCCUUUCUCAGAAUUUGCGCUUCCAAAUCUUAAAUACUCAACUUCUUCAAACACCCUUUUGAACGCCGGCGCUAAAACAAACAAAAUCUUGAUUUAUUGUAACACCCAGAUCGCACAUAAUGGCCGAAACGGAAACAUUAAAGAAGCUGAAUCCAUUUUCAACCGUAUGCCCACCAAAAAUAUCGUUUCUUGGACCGCAAUGCUUACGGCGUAUUCCCAAAACGGGCAACUCAAGAAAGCUCGUGCACUAUUCGACGAAAUGCCUGAAAGAAGUGUCGCUUCGUGGAACGCAAUGCUGACGGCUUACAUGAGGAAUAGGUUUGAAAUUAAUGGGAUAUUCAGUUUUUUUCAGCUGAUGCCUGAGAGAAAUUCAGUGUCUUUUGCUGCGAUGAUUACGGGAUUUGUUAAUGCAGGGAGGUUUGAUAUGGCGGAGAAUUUGUAUAAUCAGACUCCUAUGGUUUUGCGGGAACCUGUUUGUUCGAAUGUACUGAUAAAUGGUUAUUUGAAAGUUGGGAAGUUAGACGAUGCAGUUCGUGUUUUUAUUGGUAUGGUUCGAAACGAUAUUGUUUCUUGUAGUGCAAUGAUUGAUGGGUACUGCAAGAAUGGGAGAGUUAUUGAGGCUCGGGAGUUGUUUGAUACGAUGAAAGAGAGGAAUGAGGUCACUUGGGGUGCUAUGAUUGAUGGGUAUAUGAAAAUUUGUUGUUUCAAAGAUGGGUUUGAAUUGUUUCUAAGAAUGAGAAGGGAAGGUGAUAUGAGAGUGGAGCCUACUAUACUAACGAUCAUGUUUGAAGCUUGUGGAAGAUUUAGUAAACAUCAACAAGGUUAUCAAGUCCACGGAUUGGUUUCCCGUUUGGGAUUUGAAUUUGAUGUUUUCUUGGGUAAUUCACUGAUCACUAUGUAUUCUAGAUUUUGUUGUGUAGAUGCAGCUAAACGUGUGUUUGAUUCAAUGUUAAGGAAAGAUGUCAUUUCAUGGAAUUCUCUUAUUACUGCUUUUGUUCAAGCUGGAAAUCUUGAAGAGGGAUAUGAGCUUUUCAAAAGGGCUCCGGAAAAGGAUGUUGUUUCUUGGACAGCCAUGAUCACAGGGUUUUCUGAAAAAGGGUUGACUGAAAAAUGUGUUCAUCUAUUUACAAUGAUUCCCCAGAAAGAUGAUGUUUCUUGGACAGCUCUUAUCUCUAGUUUUGUAAAUGAAGGGGAAUAUGAGGAGGCUUUUCGCUGGUUUAAUAAAAUGCUUCGAAGUGCAGUUAGACCAAAUCCUCUAACUUUAAGUAGUAUGCUUAGUGCUUCAGCUGGUCUGGCAAUGUUAAAUCAAGGUCUGCAAAUUCAUGCAUAUGUAAUGAAAACGAAUAUGGAGUUAGAUUUGUCUAUCCAAAGUUCUCUUAUCUCAAUGUAUUCCAAGUGUGGAAGUUUAGAUGAUGCCUACAGGAUCUUUAAAUUCAUAAAUUUCCCGAAUAUUGUUUGUUUCAAUGCAAUGAUUACUGGAUUAGCCCAAAAUGGCUAUGGCAAAGAAGCCCUUAAGUUGUUUGACCAGUUGCAGAAUGAAGGUGAGCAACCUAAUGGUAUUACUUUUCUCGGGGUACUUUCAGCCUGUAUGCAUGCUGGGCUCGUAGAAGAAGGAUGGAAAUACUUCAAAUCCAUGAGAUCAUUAUACAACAUUGAACCAGAGCCUGAUCAUUAUACUAGCAUGGUUGAUAUCCUCGGACGAGCUGGUUUACUUGAUGAAGCAAGUAAUCUAAUCAAUUCAAUGCCAUUCAAGACACAUUCUGGGGUUUGGGGUGCUCUUUUGGCUGCCAGCAAGACUCAUUUGCGUCUUGAUCUUGCAAAGCUUGCAGCUCAUAGAAUUUUGGACUUGGAACCAAGUAGUGCAGCUCCUUACGUGAUCUUGUCAGACCUGUAUUGCAUUGUCGGAAAGAAGAAAGAUGAGGAACAAGUUAGGUUGGCAAAGAAAUUGAAAAGAAUAAAGAAAUAUCCAGGUUGCAGUUGGGUUUUGUUGAAAAACAACGUUGGUUUAUUUCUCUCCGGAGAUCAGUCCCAUUUGAACUUUGAAGAGAUCAGCUGUACAUUGUGGACAAUUAUGGAUGAAAUGAAACAAUUAAGAUGCAUAGACCAUGAGCUGUUACCAUUUUAAAAAUGAUAAUUUCUGUCAGAAAAAGGACGUCCUCAAUUAAAACGCUUGUCCACCAACACAACUAAAAUGAAACUGUCAUUUGCAUGCCUUUUAUCCAUAUGUUUUUCUUGGAUGGUUGAAGAGGAUAAGGGAUGUAUUUUAGCAAAAGGCUGUAGAUAUUCUAAGGUACCAGUUUGAGUUCUAUAGUCAAGUGAUGCCUUCUGGAAGAAAUUUAAUGAGUUUCUAAAGGGCAUUUCCAGACAUUGUCCAUUCUGCAAUGUUUGGCAAGGGGAAGUCUGAAAAGAUUGCCAUCCUGACUUAUUGAAUCAGGGGGAUGAUGACAUGUCAAUUGUCCACAAACCUGCUUAACUGAAAGGUGUUUGUAGUUAUUAUCGCUUGCAUGGUCCUCUCGUUAAGUUUUCACAGGCGGAGUUACAGCAUCAUGUACAGCUCUCCCAUCUGAGAGGUUGCCCUUUCUCCCCGGUUAGUUCACUCCUUGCUAGUGCCUACAAUUUCUUUUAACUUUUGAAAAUAGAGAGGUACGGUUAUCGAAAGAGCGGGUCUUUCGGAAACAGUCUUUCUACCUCCUCAGGAUAGGGGUAAGGUCUGCGUACACACUACCCUCCCCAGACCUCACUUGUGGGAUUUCAUUGGGUUUGUUAUUGUUGUUGUUUGUGGUUCUUAUCCUGCAAUAUUAUAUUAAUUUUGAGGCCGCAUUUAAUCACUCAAUUGGAUAGUGAUUAUUUUCCCAAC